CUUCAAAUCAACGACGACCGAUCCGAGUGCAUGGAAUCUUGAAGGAAAGUUUCACGCGAUAUCGCGCCUUGACAUUCCUUGUAUCCUUGAUCUUACUUGCGGAGAUUGCGAGAGCAGUCGAUGAUCAUGGCAGGCUCGAUGUCCAGGGUCCUCAUGACCUUGACGAUCCUUGCACUAUCCGGAGUAUUGGCUAUACAAAACGAUAAAACAUCCUCUCGUACCUCUCGAGAAAAUAUCGUGUUGAGUGCCAGCGCUUACACUGGUCCUGAAAAAACAUCUAGUGAUAGUCAAUCGGACGAGUCCUUGACGUUUCAGAGAACCGUCCCAGCAUUUCAGCUGGAAAGCUCGAAGAGCAUUCAUGAUUAUGACAGGGAACAAUCCAGAUUGGUAUUCAAAGAUGCGAAUCGCAACGAGUUAAUCGACGAAUUAACGUCGUCGAAGCAUGUAGCCCAUAUCGACGGUAAUAACAUUGAAGUGAAAGCCGGAGAAUAUUACAAGAUAGCACCCACUACCAUCGAAUCGAUGUCGGGGGAAGGACAAGGGGCUCCGCUGAGAGUAGAUCUUCUGUCGGAGCCCCAUCAGCUGGAUGGCGGGCCGAGGCAACGAGCACCGCAUUCGCAACCAGUUACGGAUCUUCAGCGGCGAGGCCGUCAAGAGAUCCCGAGGAUCUAUAGCAAACAUGCGCCACCGCCGAUCUUGCAAACUGCCGCGCCAGGUCAAAGACAAGCGAAUCCCGAUAUACAGGACAUAAUCACCGGCAUCGUCAAGCUACUCAAUGGCAACGUAAACGUAGCCGCCAACACCGUGAGGCCAUUAAGGCCGAUACAAGCCACGAGGAUCAACAAUAGAGGGCCGCCUAGAAUUUCGGAUGUGCCGCCAUUACCGCCGGAUUUUGACACUCCUGGUAUGAAUCCACCGCCACCCCCGCCACCGUCAUCAUCCCAUCCUUAUCCAUUCGAAAAACCCCCUGCGCCCGACAAACCAUUGCUAAAUCAGUUACCACCAGAGAGACCCGUUAGGCCCUUCAUUAACGGAGUGCCAUUGCCAGAACAAGUCGUACCACCUUGGGCUUGGGAUUCUUCUCAUAAUGGCAACAGACGACCGGUAUCAUCCUACAAACCCUCGCCACCUCCGCUAGAUUCCAGUUUUCAUCGCGAUAAAGACCUUUCGACGACGGAGAAUUCGCAGCAUAAUUUGAAACCGGAAUCCGAAAUAUCUCAAGAAAGCUCCACGAUUAAGAAAGACGCCAGUCAUCAAGAAACACGUAUCGAAGAAACUAAGAAUAAUACGAACAAUUUUGGCGUUAAUAAAGAUCAAGUUGAACUUAUGGCAACGAACAAUGACUCGGUUAUUCAAAACACGACGAAAAAAUCUGAAAUCGAAGAGUCUACAAAGAAGCAUCAUCUGAACCACAAGUAUCAUACAUCCUUAAAGGAAAACAAAAUUAAUGGCGAGGAAACAUUGAUCCUUGGUGUCGCUACGGAUUACGUCACUCCGACGACGCAACAUCCGGAACCUUCGAAGACGAUAACGUCUUUAAACAAUCAAGUUAAAGUUACGAAACUCUCGAAGAGCGACGAAAAAGCAUCGUUUGCAACUUCCAAGGUGGAAAAACCGAUCGAGAAAACUACUACGAAGACUUUCUCGACCAGUACUUUAAACAUAGAGACCAGUUCGUCGGUUCAAGUGAUCGAAUCUAUACCGACAAAAAUCAUUUUUCGACCGACUUCCGAUGAUUCUACAGAAUCAAAUACCGAUAUUAAAUCCAACGUGAAUCUGGAACCUAGCAGCGUAUUAGAUAUCGAAUACACAGAACCGAUGUCUAGCGUCUCGACGCCGACUGACGGUCUUCUUACGAGUUAUUCAAAGAGCUCAUCCACGAUGGAGAAAAGUAUCGUUCGCCCUACGACCUCGAUCUUUACGAAAAAUACAGGAUCUACAGAACGUUAUCGUCCACGACCUGGAAUCGUUUUGGACGACACUCUGGAUUAUACUGGUGCACAAGGAUUGCCAAGUCAGAGGCCUUACAUCUCGCCAUCGAGACAUCCAUCUCCCGGUGACGUGUUUGAUGUAACUGUCUCGGCAAUUCAGGGGCCCGGAGGAAGCUCCGGAGAGAGCGUCAGGGUAUCUCUAAAUUCGGGUAACGCCGAUGUCAUAUUAACUUCUGCUGUGGGCGGACAAGGUUUCGUAAGCAUCGAUGGUAAAAGAACGUAUCUAAAUUUGUUCGAUAACACGGAGCGGACACCCGCAGCUACCCAUGUGCAACCGCAACCGACUAGAACCCAACCACCGCCCAUCAUCGGUACUGGUCUCGCUAUUCCACAACCAGACGUCCCUGUGGCAUCUUUACGCCCGAAUGGACCGAAUCGAAGGCAACCACCGUUAUAUCGAAGACCGACGCAGCCACCUGUCAGAAUAGACACUUGUAUCGUGGGCGACACGAGUACGUGCGACGCAAAUCAACAUGAGGCUUGUGCGACUGUUCAAGGAGUAUCAGCUUGUCAUUGUAAGCCAGGAUACGCGAGAUUGCAGCAUUCGCUACCGUGCAAAAGAAUUGUUAGCAUUGUUGUGUCAAUUAGAGUGGAUAAAUUCUACGACAAGAAAAUUGUGUGGGAUCGAGGACUAGCUGAUAAGGAUUCAGAAUCUUACCAGACUCUCGCUUACGAGGCCAAUAGAGCCAUUGAAUCUGCCAUGUCUAUGACACCGUUUUCGGAUGAAUUCAUGGGAUCCCUGAUAAAUAAUGUUUAUCAAGGAGACGUGAGCCAAGGACAAGGCGGAGUUUUCAUGAAUGCAACUCUAAAGCUCAUUUACGAAGCGAGAACAAUUAGACCAAGUUUAGCUGGCGAGCUGCAAAGACAUCUGUUAGGCGUUAUUCAUAGAAGGAAUAACAACAUUGGAAACAGUGCCUUAUAUGUGGACAGCCCACCUGGAUCCAUAUCAAACUUGCAAGAUUUGGAUGAAUGCGUUUCAUCGGAAUUGAACGACUGUCAUCCCUCCGCUAGUUGCACUAAUACAUUCGGCGGUUUCACAUGCUCUUGCAAUCCGGGAUUGAAAGAUCCUCAUAGAGAUAAUCCCGAAAGAACCGGUAGAAUUUGUCUAACAUGUCCAUCGACCCACUGCAAUAAUCGUGGCACUUGUUCUUAUCAAGGGGAUCAAAUGCAAUGCGCGUGCACCGGCAAUUAUUAUGGCGCGCAAUGCGAGGUUGACGGUGAAGUCUUGGGCGUUGCUAUAGGCGCAUCUGUGGCUGCAUUAAUAAUAAUCGUGCUCACGCUAGUCUGCCUUGUUAUGUGGAGUCGAAAAUGGUCUCGCGAACAAAAGUCUGCAGGUUCCCCGGUAUACGGUUAUAUUCAAGGUGGAAUACCCGGUACUCUUCCUGGAACUUUAGCGAGGGUCGGAUCUGUAGGCACUUUAGCAUCUGUAAAACAAGGUCCGCCGACGAAUUUACCGCCUUACAUGUGGGCUCAUUUUGGGGAUCACAUGGCAACAGCGAAUCUCUAUGCGACCGAACCCAUGGGCCCGACACGACCGAGUUCGGCAAUGUUCGGUUAUCCACCUAUGAACAUUCACGGAACACUGCCACCAGUUCCAUUACCACGACUUCAAGCCCCACCGCGGCAAAGACUGAGACCUCAACCAGAUCCAGAUAGCUCGGAUUCCGAGCCGCAGGAUAAGGACAGAGCCGAUCUAAUUCCUCAGAGUAGCGGUUUUCACGUGCCGAGGCCAAAAUCGAGAUCUUCAUUAGCGAAUCAAAGCGGAAUUUAUAACGAUGUGGAGUACGAUCAGGGUGAUGUUCAUCAUCUGUCGAAGAACAAUAUCCCGAUGUCAACUUAUAGACCGUAUUACAGGACGUAAAAUUCACAUCGCGAGAAGUUACACACUUGCGCACGUGUAUGUCAAGGAACGACGUUAGAUAAACCCAUUGCAAUAUUUAUCGUCUAAAGUGCUCAAUAAAUAGUGCAGUAGGAUUCGUAGCAUUGCCGGUGUGUGAGAAGAGAUCCUACGAUAGGAAUUGCGAUUCGUCCCAGAAUCGUCAGAGCAAAUGUUUGGAAUUUGCACGAAAGAUUUACAAGUGUAGAGGAAGUAAACCUAAGCGCAUUCCGCGUAUAUCAAACAGAUUAAAUCUUAUGGAAUCACGCAUGUUUUUUUUAGUCGCAAUCGUAUUUACGAUAGAUCGAUUAAUUUUCAGUAUAAUACGAAUAUUUAUUAUGCAUUCUCUUAUUGUUACGGUAUUUUGUAAAAUUCAAGAAAUUAUUAUUGAAUAGUUUUAUUAAGGGAAGCAUAUGCGUCGAUUACA